AUGGAGGACAGUUCGGCGGCGGAUGCGUCUUCGAUCGGUUCCGGCAGCGGCAGGGAAUACAGAGCGGAAGAAGGAGAAGGACUUGACAUCCAAGAUCUAAAGGAUCUAUCUCUGUCGCGGCCUUUUCUGAUCCCGACUCAACGGAAGAUUAGGUGGUGGAACUGGAGUUGUUCCCCGAACUUCUCUUGUGUCUUUUUCCUCAUCAGAUCAAAACCCAGCAGGUGA